CAGGAGCGGCUGUGCUGCUCUUUGGCGGGCGUUGGCCGUUGGCCUCUUUGUGCGCGAGCGAGGGAUCCGUGAGGGAAGGAGCGGCACCUGAAGAGCGAGUGAGCGAGCGAGCAGUCAGCUUUUCCAACCUUUUUAUUUUGUGGAGUUCAGUGUUCCAGAUCCACUGCGUUUGAGUCCUUCGCCUUGCGCGAGAGGGUGUCUGUCUUGUUUGUCUGUCGUCCACAGUUGCUUUGAGUUUCGAGAACCAGUUACUUUGUCGAACGAACGACCGCAGUGCAGAAAAUAAGCUGUGAAAAUGGCAGAAACUGACGCUGCCACUAACAGCGGGACCACCACUGCCGAGACCACGACCAGCACCAGUACCAGCAGCACCACCACCACGACUACCACCACCUCCAACAGCAACGACGACGUCUGCCGAGACUUCCUGCGCAACGUCUGCAAUCGCGGAAAGCGCUGCAAGUUCCGCCACCCGGCCACCGACGAGCUGAGCAACCAGGCCAUGAACAAGGGUGAGAUCCCCAUCUGCUACGACUAUCAGAGGGGCGAUUGCAUGCGCGGGGCCAGCUGUAAGUUCCAGCACGUGAAACGUGAUGACGGGUACGAUUAUGACAGUCGCGGGAUGGACCGAAUGCCGCACGACCAGCUUCUCAAUCCCUUGAUGGGCGGCUACGAUCCGUACCAGGGGAUGUACGGCAACGCCCGCUAUGAUGAUUACAACCCUUACCUGAAGAGGAGACGAGUGGAUGACCCACGCUGUGAGAUCUACGAGUACGAUGUGCCGCCAAACCACCCAGCGGAUUCCCGUUACCUGGAGGAGGAGAACCUUAUGCUGCGCAAGCGCAUUGAGGAACUCAAAAAGCAGCUGUCGAACCUGAUGGCCAACAACGAGGUGCUUCUGGAGGAGAACGCACAGCUUCGCAACCAGGUGAAGGUGGGGAUGAUGGUUUCCACCGCCCAGGCGGCCUACACCACCGCCACGGCAGCCUAUCCCACCGCCACGGCAGCAUACGCACCCAAUGACCAGUUCUCCUCCCAAUGACAUUGGGCGAAGUACUCUUGAGCAAGGUGUGACUUAAGCCCAUCAAAUUCUUUCUCUCUCUCUCUCUCUCUCUCCUCUAAUUUCCCCCCCCCCCCCAACCCAACACCCCCGCUUCGUCAAAAGCCUUAUCGAUUUGCCCCUCGUUCCAUCCAGACCUGAGCAGGUUAAUGCUGGGAGCCUGCUUCAUGUGCACCGAAAGCAUGAGAUUUAUAACUCGGCCCUCGCCCGUGUUCAAUGUAAACCGCUGUCCUACUGGAGAGCUCUAAAUGAACACUUGCCCCACCAGACCCAGCCUGGUCAGUUUGAGCAAAGGCUGAGUGCAGGGAGUGCUAAUGCACGUUAGUUGCUCUCUGCAUUCUUUGCCCACAUGCAGGAAGUAACUAUUGUGGCCAUUUGACAAAAAAAUUCCCUGAUUAAGGGUAUCUUAUGUGUAAAAGCUAGGUUCAUUUUAAUUUUUGGUAAAUGUGAUUGGGACUAGUAGGAUUCUUUCUCAACAUACUACAAGCUUUUUUCCAGGCUGCUAGUACCUUUCUCUUGAAUAGUCCUUCAGUCUUCAUUUGGAGCUGUGUGUUUAAGUAGUGUGUAAGUAGCUUUUCUGUCCUACCCCCUCCCUUCCUCACCACUUACCCCCAAAAAAGUUAUAUACAGUACCUGUCGCAAAAGUACUUUCAUUUUUUUCCAACAUCACAAUCCAAGAUCUUUCGGGCCUCCCUCCUGAGUUGCCGCCUCCGCAUGCUCAGUACAUAGUGUGGGAGUUUUACAAUUCCUGAACAGGAGCUUGCCCCUCCCCCACCCACCCUCCCACCAUGUCAAGAAAAAUUUGACAUAGGUGGGUAUAAAGAGUCAAACGUGCUAGUUUGACUUUUAAGGCAAUGUACUCUUAAUGAAGUGUACAACAGCUCAAUAAAAUCUUCAGUGGGGGGGAAGCCACCCUUGAAGUGUGUAGCGUACAUAGCUAACGCUAUAGCCUACAAUGCUGUGAUUCAUCACAACGUUCACCUGACGUUCUGAACCCAUUAAAUUACAGCUUGGCCUCCCACGUGUUGAUUAUCGUCUGUGCAUCCUCUCUCCAGCUCUCCCCUUCCCUCUUUUUCCUGCCCUCCUAAAACUCCCUUUUCCUCUUCCACCGUUACCGGAAGAUUAAGGUUUAUAAAAAGUGAUGUUUUUUGUUAGUUUUUCCUUUUUUAAAAAAAAGUUGAUCAAGAAAUGGAUCAUUAGGUAAUGAUUAUGUACAAGGAUUUAGGUUUAAAAUGUUGUGUAAACUUAUUAGCAUCUCCUAAAUGUGUUUCUUUCCUUCUCUUGAUAAAACGUUUCGAAGGGUCCAGCUGAUUGUACAGACUUGACCACAUGGAGAGUGCACAGGGAUUGUAUACAGAGUACAGGCUGACCAUAUGGAGAGGGUGGGUAUAGGGAAUAUAGGCUGUUCCUAUAGAGUGUAUGAUAAGGCUGACCAAAUGGGGACAAAGUAUGUCUAAUGGUGUCAGACCUGGUGAAAUUUGUAUUUUGGGGGAAAAAAAACACCGUUCUAAACUUCUACAAUCGUGUGUGAAUGUCGGAUGUGUUCGUGGUCAGGUAGGGCUGAUUUUCUGAUCAGAAGCAGCUAUUAACACUGCACGGGAUCACAGAGUCAACCUUUAGAAACAACUGAGUUCAGAAUGUGUUUGUAAGGAAGGCACUCUCUCCCGCAGCCCCCCCUCCCCCCCGCCUGGCACAUCCAAGCCUGUAAGUGGGAUUUGUACAGAUAGCUUGAUGGUCGUAUUAGGGUCUCUGUUCAGGGUACCUGCACCAUUACAGCCCUGUACUGUACGUUAGCCAGUAAGGGACACUCCUCCCUUCACUCUCACACAAAUUGUUGGUUAAUCUGAGGGAAUGCUUAAUUCCCGAUUUCUGGAAAACAACCCAUUCGCUGACCGUCUACAGUGUACAGCAGCAACCCAUGCCGUCAUUACCAGUUGCAUCUCUGCCAACUCACCGCUCGCCCCUCCUGAUUUCUAAUGUAGCAGAGUGACUAGGAUGCUCACACAUGCUAGCUUCAUCCUCUCCGUCUCGCUUCAGUGAACGGAGCACUCCACUCGUUACUUUAAUUUCCAGCUUCUACUGUGUGCAAAUGAUUUCUUCCUCUACAGAACAUUUGCACGUGGCCCGCUGGACACUCGCUUCCACUUCUAGACUUGCAUGCCCGCAGACUGUGUUGUGUAUGUACUUGGUGCUGUGUAUAAAUUAAAGUUCAAGAGCCCUUCCAAAAAAAAAGUUCCAGUUUAUUUUGUCUGCUUUUAAAAAUGCAGGCUUUUCUCCCAGUGGGUGUGGUAAUAUAUUAGCUAGGUAAUGCUACAUUAGCACUGGGUACAUUCAACUUCAGUAAGCAAACGCGGUGGGAUUCUUUUGUGUCUCAUGUUCCAUUAAGGAUUACGUGAGCCUGAGACUUAGUUACGUUAGUGCACGGGUAUGAACGCAAGCAUUGUUCACUGUACGGUGGAAUUCAAUUCUAGGCAGUAGGUUUGGAUGAAACUUGAUUAAAAAAAAUUUGAAUUGCAAAUAACAGGAACGGCUUAUCCAACAAAUUUGGAACGUGAUUUAAACAAAAAGAAAUGCUUAUAUUCAACGUUGACUUUGUAGCCAUUUUGUAAUCGCUUUGGCUUUUCUUGACCAUAAUUAACGAUUGUUACACUUGUCACUGAAAUAAUAGAAAAGUUCUGAGCAAAACAACUCCUUGGUGUGAAGAGAAGUCUUAUUAAAGUUUUCAGUCUCUUAUAGCAAGAA